CUCGGCUCACCAAUCCCCAGCCCUACAGAGGGAAGAAGCUAUUUAAGGGCAGUUGGAAUGCAGGAAAAACAAGACAAGCCCUGAAUCAGAAACCAUACCACCAUCCAAGAGAGCUAACAGCAUGAAGGUCCUCCUGUUGCUAGCAGCCAUGAUCCUGGCCUUUGGUUCGAUACAGGUCCAGGGGAACAUUCUGCAGUUCGGGCAAAUGAUUCAGCUUAAGACAGGAAAGAAAGCCGGGACUAGCUAUGCCUUCUACGGUUGCCACUGUGGCGUGGGUGGCAGAGGAUCCCCCAAAGAUGCCACAGAUCGAUGCUGUGUUACUCAUGACUGCUGCUACAAGCGUCUGGAGAAGCGUGGAUGUGGCACAAAAUUCCAGACCUACAAGUUCUCCCACCAACGGGGACAAAUCACCUGUUCUGCAAACCAGAACUCCUGUCAGAAACAGCUGUGCCAGUGUGAUAAAGCCGCCGCUGAGUGUUUUGCCCGGAACAAGAAAAGCUACAGUUUAAAGUACCAGUUCUACCCCAACAAGUUUUGCAAAGGGAAUUCGCCCAGAUGCUAAAAGAGCCAUCUUCUGAAACACCCAGACACGUGUGUCUCCUCUAACACCUCUCCCAGCCCAACCAAGUUCCCCAGUGAUAAAGGAAACACCCCUCUGCCACCCUAGAGGCAAGGUGGGGGCCCUUCUGUCUUCACCCAGAGUGAGACACCAAUGCCUGCUGAGUCAGACUGACCUUUGCCCACUGACUUGAAUCUGCCCACUUCCAUCUUUCCCUUGGCAUCCAUCUUCCUGCUUCGUGGUACCUAAGGGAGUCUUCGGAGGCUCUCACAAGUAAAACAAUUCAUCUAACAA